GAUUGUAAAAAGAUAUCAAAGUUACUUUAUUAAUAAAAUGAAAAAAUAUAGACAAGCGAUCAAAUCUUAUAGUGGUGUUGAUACAGUUGUUCUCGUUUCAUCAGAAUCGUACUCAUCUAUAUUAAUAUUACCUUUAUCCAAUAACAGUUCACGUAUAACACAUAUAAUCCUAGUUCUAAAUGAUAAUAACACAUGA